GAGCAUCUCCUAACUAUCGUUACCGAAAACAAACAGUACGACUGAUCACGAAUGGCUUUUGUGUGACAGAUGCAGAUGUGUUUGUAUUUUACUGUUAGUCCUGUAGAGAGCGGUAGAUAGUUUUAAUAAUUGUUUUAUGCGGGCCCAGAAUCGUGCGCGCCCCAUACUGUACUAGAGGAGGGAGGAGCAAUCAUAGUAUUCUCCUGAUUCCAUUUCCCUGUCGUGGCAACCCACCGAAACGCUUAGUGGAGCAAAACAUUUUGCACACACCUCAAGAAAUUUUCAAAAUUGGGAUAGAACUGUAACCUUGUUUUGAAGUCAAAGAGGAACUGACCGAUAAGUAUUUGACGGCAGGCUACGCCUGGUGGAGGACUUACCCCGGUAGCAGAGUGUAUCACUACACUUGCGCUGGAUACGGGGAACCCCUGACUUUCUCGCUAUAUUUGCAGUUUUAACAACGUAUUCAAGUCCAAACCAACCGAAGAAUCAUAAGGCUCUGUGUGGUGGAUGCAACCUCUCGUACCGAAGUCUGGACCCUAACUCCUACUGCUAGCCUAAUACCAAGUAUAGAGGGAGGAGACCAACAGUCCUACAGAACAUAGGCCUGGGGAAACCAUUAACCACAGACACACACAACAGGACACUGUGCUACUGUACCUGAAGUGCAUAUCAAAUUGUCACCUCUCGUUUGAAGACCCAGUCGUUCGUUACAGCUUCCUAUCCUGAUCCAAGUUCGCUCCUUCACACAUCUUCAGGCCUCUUGUGAAAGACGUGAUUAGAAAGCAGCGUGGGUGAAGCCGCAGCCUCCUCUCCCAGUACAGCCCCCAGGGCCGGUCCAGGGGGGUCGCUUCAGACAGGACCCUGUGAUGUCCCAACUGACUGACCCCCCAACCUGCGAAUGACAAGCGUGCAUCCGAGGGAGGGGCCCCACCUCAGUCUCCCAUUGAGCCGCUGGAUGGAAUUAAGGUGAAUGGAACACAUGCCCAAGGAGCAGGAGCCUAAUCUAUCAGAAGGAGAAGAGAAAAGGGUUUUUUUUCGGAGGACCAUCCAGAAGAACCUCCACCCGGCCUACUCCUGUAAGUACGAUGGCUGCUGCAUCAUCGACAAGAUCACCCGGAACCAGUGUCAGCUUUGCCGCUUCAAGAAGUGCAUCGCCGUUGGCAUGGCUAUGGACCUGGUCCUGGACGACUCCAAGCGAGUGGCCAAGCGGCGCCUCAUCGAGGAGAACCGUGAGAAGAGGAAGAAAGAGGAGAUGGUGAAGACCCUGCAGAACCGGCCCGAGCCCACGGCCUCCGAGUGGGAGAUCAUCCGCAUGGUGACCGAGGCCCACCGCCACACCAACGCACAGGGCUCCCACUGGAAACAGAAACGCAAGUUCCUGCCGGAGGACAUCGGUCAGUCCCCAGUGGCCCCCACGUCCGACGGGGACAAGGUGGACCUGGAGGCUUUCAGUGAGUUCACCAAGAUCAUCACCCCCGCCAUCACCCGCGUGGUCGACUUUGCCAAAAAACUGCCCAUGUUCUCUGAGCUGCCUUGUGAAGACCAGAUCAUCCUUCUGAAGGGUUGCUGCAUGGAGAUCAUGUCGCUCCGUGCCGCCGUGCGCUACGACCCCGAGAGCGAGACGCUGACCCUGAGCGGAGAGAUGGCGGUGAAGCGCGAGCAGCUGAAGAACGGCGGCCUGGGCGUGGUGUCGGACGCCAUAUUUGACCUGGGCAAGAGCCUGGCGCAGUUCAACCUGGACGACUCGGAGGUGGCGCUGCUGCAGGCCGUGCUGCUCAUGAGCUCAGACCGCUCCGGGCUCACUUGCGUGGACAAGAUCGAGAAGUGUCAGGAGACCUACCUGCUGGCACUCGAACACUACAUCAACUACCGCAAGCACAACAUUCCCCACUUCUGGCCCAAGCUGCUGAUGAAGGUGACCGACCUGAGGAUGAUCGGGGCGUGCCACGCCAGCCGUUUCCUCCACAUGAAGGUGGAGUGCCCCAACGAGCUCUUCCCCCCGCUCUUCCUGGAGGUCUUCGAGGACCAGGAAGUGUGAGCGCCCACUAGCAGGACGAAACAAAAACAAAGUCAUGAAAAGGAGGGGGGAGGGGCGUCUUUGCGGGACUCCUGUUUCUCCGACCGACUUCUCUGGGGUUAAAAACGAUAUGGCCACAACACACCAGCAGCAGGAGCCCAACCAAUCAGGAUUGCGUUUUUAAACCCCUCCUCCUCCUCCCCCCAUGAGCACCUGCUUUUCGAAUCCGUUUGGGGGCCCUUCUGUCUGAGCACGAUGUCUUAUCCAGUGAGAGUUGCAGACAUUUGCUAAGACACACACACACAAACACACACUCUCAAUUACUCACUUAUUUAAUUCCUCAACUCAUACACACACAGGGUGAGAGGUACCCCUCUCUCUGUGUUGCACUGCCACUACAUGGUGGUGCUCACGUUGUUCUACCUGUUUGGAAUAGCAGCAGCCAGAUCCUCAAUUGGUCAAUCUGUUUCACGGCUCGUCUCUGAAUUAAUGUCAAACAAUCAUUCAGAAGAAACAGUCACCAAGUACAAACUCAAACAGUGGUCUGUCUUACAGGUGGAUGUGCUAAAAGCAUCUCACCAUUUAAUGACCAGACUGGAGAAAAGCUGCCAGACCUAGUAUAAACUCCUAACUCACAACUGAGCCAUUUCUUUCUCUGAUUGGAGCAGUGAGCAUGUUCGUUUCACUCUCCGGUGCUAUAUUUAAAAAAGGCUACUCCAAUGUAUGAAUACGUGUCUACGUUGUAAAAGGCUAUGGCUCUGUAUCUACCUUCAGUUCUGUCAUUGGACCAGCUCCUGUGACACACACACACAUACCACACGCACACACACACCGGUAGACCUGCCUUGUCAUUGCCCCUGCUUCUUGUGCCAGCAGUAGCCCCUCUCAUGAAUGACAAUUGAGCUCUUUCUCUCCAAGGAAAGUCACUGCGGUGAAUUAAAAGGGAGGGAUGCUAACAGGAUUUCACUCAGGGUAAGGCUGAAGAGAAAGAGGGAAGGGCGGACGGGGGGGGGAGUGAGAGAAAAAGAGAAAGGCAGAUUUAAUAGCUGCUAGAUUGAGUGCCUAGAGACGGAAUAGGACCCCAGUCAGCUCCCACGCCCUGUCCUGUUGGAGGGCUUGAAUUGCAAGGUGCAAGGCAGGGAAGCUGACAUUACCAUAGCAUGCGCACAUACACACAUACACACACACAGAGAUACACACACACACUUGUACAAACAGCCUCACCUCAGAAAACUAAAAUGCCUCAUUUUACUGUAUGCACUGCGGUGCUUAAGCCCUAACCUGCAGGGCUCUUCUGAGUCGUCUCCGACUGGACUCAGCUCAGUGUGGCCCCUCCGGGCUUCCGUAUACAGGCCAUAACUGAGAGCGGGCAAGGCCAAUAUGGCAGAUCAUUUACCUCAAAGUGGGCACAGCCCAGGCUGGGGGCACCGCCACUGUCCCUGUCCGACAGGGUCUACCUCACCUCUCUGGACACAGGGCAGCUGCCCACAGCCUCCAUACACACACACACACACACAUACAAUACAAACAUGUGCAUUGCAUGUGCAUUGUGAUGAAUGGAUGCACAAUUAUAGACACAUGUCUAAAAAGACGAAACACACACACACAGUGCUAUCACUCAGUCAAAACAAAAUACCACUGAUGACAGGAGGGCCGGCCGGCUGUUCCCCAAAAUGAGCUCACCUUUUUUUUAGGUGGGAAGAGGGGGGUGAGGCUGGGGAAUGGUACCCAAACGCUCUGGGUUUUUUUUUUCCUUUUGUUAUGUGGGACCAAGUGUCACUUUUAGAAUUUGGAAUCCCAUUCUGUUCUAUCUCUGUCAAAACGGAAGGACAAGAACACCAGCGGAAGAUUAAGGAAGUGUACCUAGCUGGGGCCCCUCGGGCCAGCUUGGACCGGAGGGGUACAGAGAGACAAGACCCAAAAUGGCCCCUAGGCCAGGCCUAAACCGAUUGGGUUUAGCACAGUCUUCUAGGAAGAAAAACGUUUUUUGAGAAGAAACAACUAUUUUGAUGUUAUGCCAAGCAGUAGUAUGUGAAAGUGGGCCGAGUGGAUGAGUUUUUAGCAUGUGGAGGACGGUAUGGGCGUGGCGGGACUGAAAGGGAUCAUGGGUACCUGUGGUAGACGGCUAAGCCAUGCUGCCUCAACCUGAACCGCAACCGCCGUGGGGGGCAAACAGAACUGGAACACGACUGGUAGUUCAGCCUCGACCUCAGAGUGCUCUGGUAAAGGAGGAGUUCUUCGACCUCAUUCUCACCCCAGCUUGCCUCGCUCUGUCAUGGGAGAACCCCUCAACCUCACCUCACUGACCAUGACUGGCUUGCGGUGGGAGUUUUUGCACUACUGCAUUGGUUCCAGAACCUCACCCCCAUCCAAGCACCCCCCCCCCCCCACACACACACACUACCACCCUCACAUUAAAACCCCUGCCCCACCCCUGCACUCCUCCUUCUACGUUCAUAACUGAGGCAUGCACACUCUCAAGGAGACCUGUUGACCCGCCCUGUCUAACAGAGGAAUACCGGGCCAGGUGGGCUCUGAGCCCUGUCACAUUGUCAGUAUUAAACCAACAACCUUCCUCCUCCACCGAGGCCACUCUUGGCUACGGGACAUGUCCCAGGAUGCAACGGGUCAGCUUGUGGCCACACACAUCCUCCCAGCAGCUUUGGCCCCUGUGCAAUUUCACACAGCAGGUUUUCGAGCCAGGACUCUCCAGCAGAAGGGCCUAGCCCUGACCACAGACCCUUCUCAUCUGGCCCCCCUACACCUGCCCUCCC